AUGAAGCCCACAACGGCCAUCUCGCUUGUGCUAGCGCUCACCAUAGCACACCAUGCAUCCUUCGCCGCCGGCGCCGGCGCCGGCCCCAGGGUCAUCAUCGUCGGCGCCGGCAUCUCCGGGAUCUCGGCGGGGAAGCGGCUGUCGGAAGCCGGGAUAACGGACGUGCUCAUCCUGGAGGCGACGGACCACGUCGGCGGGAGGAUGCGCAAGGAGAACUUCACCGGCGUCAACGUGGAGGUCGGCGCCAACUGGGUGGAGGGCGUCAAUGGCGAAAAGAUGAACCCUAUCUGGCCCAUCGUCAACUCCACCCUCAGGCUCCGGAACUUCUUUUCUGACUUCGAAACUUACCUCGCCCAAAACGUCUACAAGGAGGAUGGUGGUGUUCAUGACGAAGCUGAGGUGCAGAAGACAAUCGACCGAGCGCAUGAAGUCGGAGAGAGCGGGGAGAAACUGUCCGCCACUUUGCCCACGAGUGGCCGGGACGACAUGUCAAUCCUUGCCAUGCAACGGCUCAACGAUCAUCUGCCCAACGGCCCCUCGUCGCCGGUGGACAUGGUGAUAGACUACUUCAUAUACGACUACGCGUUCGCGGAGCCACCGCGCGUGACCAGCCUACAGAACGGCGUUCCCCAGAGGACCUCGACCGACUUCGGCGACGACUCCUUCUUCGUCGCAGACCAACGGGGCUACGAGUCCGUCGUCCACUACCUCGCCGGCCAAUACCUCGACACCGACGACUCCGGCAACGUCGCCGACGCCCGGCUGCAGCUCAACAAGGCGGUGAACGAGAUCACCUACUCCUCGAGCGGCGUCACUGUCGAGACAGAGGAUGGCUCGGUGUACCAGGCAGACUAUGUCAUGGUUUCUGCUAGCUUGGGGGUCUUGCAGAGCGAUCUCAUACAGUUCAAGCCACAGCUGCCUAAAUGGAAGAUUCUUGCCAUCUACGAAUUCGACAUGGCUGUUUACACCAAGAUAUUCCUCAAGUUCCCCGAGAGAUUUUGGCCCGUAGGGAAAGGGAGGGAGUUCUUCCUCUACGCGAGCACAAGAAGAGGUUACUACGGAAUGUGGCAGGAGUUUGAGGUGCAAUACCCAGAUGCUAAUGUUCUUCUUGUCACGGUCACCGACGAGGAGUCGAGACGGAUCGAGCAGCAGUCAGACAACCAAACCAAGGCAGAGAUCAUGGAGGUGCUAAGGAGCAUGUUCCCCGACGAGGACGUCCCUGACGCGACGGACAUCCUUGUCCCAAGAUGGUGGUCAAACAGGUUCUUCAGGGGCUCCUUCUCCAACUGGCCCAUCGGCGUCAACCGCUACGAAUAUGACCAGCUCAGGGCACCGGUUGGGAGGGUUUACUUCACCGGUGAGCAUACAAGCGAGUUCUACAAUGGCUAUGUCCAUGGAGGUUAUCUUUCAGGUAUUGACUCUGCAGAAAUUCUGAUCAACUGCGCGCAGAAGAAUAUGUGCAAGUUUCACGUUCAGGGCAAGUAAGACUAGUUGGUAAAUGUGCAGUUAUAUCUGAAUGAAGGGGUGCAAAUUUGAGUUGGCUAAGUAGUAAGGAGUCUGUGUGGAAUGCCGUAGUGGUUUUGCAGCGUUGAUGCCUCCUACAUGUUUAAUUGUUAGGUGCUUCAGCAAUGAUGCUGAUUUAUCCCUGUGAUGUUCUUCCGAGUUGAAUAAAGGAUU